AUAUAAAUUAUGUUUUAUACACUGCGGUGUUAUGCGUCAAGAAGAAAAUUAUGACUCGAUUCCUUAAAACUCCGAUUUAAAAAAAGAGCCCUCGUAGCGUAACCGUGCGGUUAGCAGUGAUCGCAGAACGGCGAAUGAUCGAGUUUGAAUCGCUGCUGAGAUUUUCGUGGAGGAAGAAGUCAAAAAUCGUCUGUCUUCUCAGCUUGAAGGUGUUCUUUUCAAGUUGGAGUGGACACCGUCUGCUUAAGUGAAAACAGCGAUGACCAUCACAUAUCAGAAAAAUGUGUCCAACACUAGCUUUAUGGGAUUUGCCAAGCUGCUCUUUAAAUGGAAAGGCAGCAUUUAUAAAUUGGUUUUCAGAGAGCUCAUCAUGUACGGAUCCGCCUUCGCCAUCAUCAGCAUUUGGUACAGAUUCAUUAUGACUGAUGAACAGAAAAGGCAGUUCGAAAAAGUAGCCAUGUACUGCAACCAGACUGCGGGCUUGAUGCCGAUGUCUUUCGUCCUCGGAUUCUACGUCACAUUUGUCGUCACACGGUGGUGGAAUCAGUUCCUCAACCUCCCGUGGCCAGACAGAGCAGCUCACACCAUCCUCAUGUACGUGCAAGGGACGGACGAGCGGAGCCGCAUCAUCCGCAGGACCCUGGUGCGGUACAUAAACCUGGCCAACAUCAUCCUCUUCCAGACCAUCAGUGGGUCGGCCAAGAAGCGAUUCCCCACCAUGGACCACGUGGUCGGAGCCGGACUGAUGACACCCGAGGAGAAGCAGCUGUACGACAGUUGCACCCUGAACGUAAACAAGCAUUGGGUCCCCUUCGUCUGGGCCAUCAAUCUGAUCAACGUGGCCCUGAAGGAAGGGAAGAUGAUGGCCGGAGAGCCGGUGAAACAGUUUCUGGACGAACUGAACAGUUUACGGACGAAAACGGGUCAUCUCUGGGGCCAUGACUGGGUGACUGUUCCGCUGGUGUACACUCAGGUAGUGACCCUCCUCACCCACUUGUACUUUUUCACGUGCUUAAUCGGCCGGCAGUUCCUCGAUCCUGCCCAAGGUUACCUGGGCCACGACAUCGACCUCUAUUUCCCCGUCUACACAUUCCUCGAGUUCUUCUUCUUCCUCGGCUGGCUCAAGGUGGCGGAACAGCUCAUCAAUCCGUUUGGCGAAGAUGACGACGACUUCGAGACCAACUGGUUCAUCGACAGGAAUAUUCAGGUGUGCUACACGAUCGUCGACGACAUGUACGGCAAGCUGGCCAAACUGGACAGGGAUGCUCACUGGGGACAAACGUCCAUCGAGAUUCCGUACACGGAAGCGUCUCUUAUUCACAAAAUUCCCAACUACAAGGGAUCCACGAUGGAUGUCAAGCUUUCACCCAAGGAACAAACGAUGGUUUACUACGAAUUGGGCGAUCCUAGGCUGUUGACUCACCCUCCCAGUAUCUACAGACGAUUCCGUUUGUUUCUCUCGAGGCACUGUGGAAGCUGUUAUGGUCUAGAGGAACCGCCUAUGAACAAACCUAUAGGUGAGAGCUACGGUAGAACUGAACCACUUAAUUUCGAACAAUAUGACAACCCCAACCACAGAAAAGUUUCCAACUACUCCCUGUUCGGAGACGGUUACUUCAAUAUAAUAAACAGGCCUGGAAAAAGAGGCAGCCUUGCUGGUGAUCAAGGUGUAAUGGAGCCAAUGGUUCAGCAUCAUCCAACAAACGCCUCUACUGCAUUUUUCAAAACAGGAAAAAGAGGCAGCACCAUAAGCGAGCCUGGAAACUUAUCUGGGAAUGAAUCGAAUCCACUGACACUGACCAUACCAAAUAACUACAACAGACGGCACAGGCCCUCUGCUGUUGCAGCUCAUGUUCUUACAAGUGUUUCAGAAACAGAGCAGGAGGAAAGUGAUCCAGAACCAUCGCCCGCAGACACUGUUAAGAUGGCUCUAGCAUUUCUAGACGAAGACUUGGAAGACAUCGUAUCCGUGAAGAAACCAUUGGAUUCAAGUGGGUGCUAAGACUUUUGCUUGAUUCAGGAAGAACCUGAAUGUGUACAUAGGCAACUGCUAACAGUGUAUUAUAAUCACGAUUUUAGAAAUAUUAUAUCGACAUUCCUUCCAAGUGCUUGAAGUCUUCUUUUGCAACAGACAGUUUUCACUUCCAUAGCAAUGAAAAAUGGGAAAGCAAGUUAUAAGACAUGGCGAUACUCAAAUGAACAAAUUGUGAGAUAUACUUUAUUUAUUAUUUUAUUUAAAGGACAUUUUAUAUUGGAUAAAUAUAUUGGACAUUCAGUACAAACGUCCAAUAUAUUUAUUUCUCUAAGCUGCACAAAAAGAUUUGUACAGGAUGAGGAUUAAUUAAAAUUUAAAAAUAAAUUAUUGUGUCAUAGCUGAAUAUGCAACUAUUCCUGUUUUUAGAUUUUAGAUCCAUUUGAUC